AUCUCUCUCAACCAAUGGAGCCGAUUCUUAAUUUAAAACUUAUGGAUAAAUAUGAAUUUACGAUUAAAAUUAAUUACCUGAGGCUGCCUCAGUGCUAAAAGACUCGGUUGUUAAUUUAGUUAUGGCGGCGUCGUUUAUCUUACCCUCAGCAACGCUCACAACCUGUGGUUUAAAAUCCAGAACCAACUAUGAUAUAUCGGCGAGAACGGUGUCGUUUAAGCUCAGAAACGUCUCAACAACUAAGUGCCAAGCUACCGGCGAAAGCUCUCCGACUUCUCUACAACCACCUGUUUUUAGAGGUGUUUAUGGUGACUGGACGCUUGACCAAACCGACGUUCGAGAGGUGAUUUUAUACAGAUCAGGGCUGGUAACUGCAGCUUCUACGUUUGUAAUUGCUGCAUCAGAAGCAUUUUUACCUAAUGACUCUUGGUUAAGGGAAAUAAACCCUGAUUUGUUAUUUGCUGUUGGAGCUGGAGGACUGGGAUUAUCAUUGUUUUUGAUUCAUAUAUAUGUAACUGAAAUUAAACGUACACUUCAGGCUUUAUGGGCACUUGGUGUUCUCGGAUCUUUCGCCACAUAUACAGCUCUUGCUAGACCUGCUGGUGAGAAUUUGGUCCAGUAUGUCGUUCAUAAUCCAACUGCUGUGUGGUUUGUUGGUCCUCUAUUUGCAGCGCUUACGGGACUCGUCUUCAAAGAAGGACUUUGCUAUGGGAAGCUGGAAGCCGGUAUUCUAACAUUCAUCAUACCUUCAUUGCUUCUUGGGCACUUGACGAAUUUAAUGGGUGAUGGGCAAAAGCUUGCUUUACUUGGUACAUGGAUGGUCCUCUUUAUGAUAUUUGCUGGAAGGAAAUUCACUCAGCCCAUCAAGGAUGAUGUUGGUGACAAAUCCGUCUUCAUGUUCAAUGCUCUCACAGAAGAUGAAAAGAACGCUUUGAUUAAAAAGCUUGAGCAGCAAAAGCUCAUCCAGGAUCUUAAUUAGCUAGAAUUUUGAAUCAAACAUGACAUCUUAUUUUGAAGAGGGAAAAGGUUCAUAUACAAUUUUGACUAGCCAUCAUAUGUAAUAUAUGCUUGUAAAUUUGUAAUGUACUACAUAUUGUCAAAAUAUCCUUUGCGUCAAA